GGGCACACACGUAUUAAGCCACAACUACCUUGCGUGCAUGUUCAUCGUCUCUUUAUACUGAACUGCUCAGUGACGGAUUCCGGCUGUUGUAGUUGUACACCCUUGGAGGACGUCGUCAUGUAAGACCGUAUCUUAGAGUGUAUGUCUUCUAACGCCAUAGUCACCAGUGUCCCAGCCUGUACAUUAUCAAGCCAAUUCAAAUCAGUGGUUGAUGUCAUGAGCAACGUUCUCCGCCGCCAGGUUCGAUGACAUGCAAUCUGAUCCUGAAAGUACCUUUGGAUGCCAAGUCUGCGCGUCAAUAGGACAAAGGUACGAAGACGAACACAAGGGAGGUCGCCAGCACGCUAAGAUACAACUACAUGCAGAAUACAGCAUCAUAAGGGGAAAGAAAAGCAAAGAAAAGACGUCAGUUCUGGGAAAAGUAGCAAAAGCAGUGUCGGCGUUACGUAACAGUUGCGGGGGAGUGUUGUUGGUACACUUGGUCAGAAUAUCAUUAGAAGAUAGGUGUCUCGAAUACUUUGAUGAAUUUGUAGUAAAGACAUUCACAAACUUACUGGAAGGUGGGGAACUGUAUACUGACUCAUAUGCACGUUAUUUUCUAAGCGAGAAAGCAAAAUUCACAGACGCGUGUGACUUUCUUGUAGUUGACGUUCACAAAACAGCUGGUGUAGCAACAGUGGAUUUCAACACUAAGGCAAACAAUGAUAAUGAGAACCUGGUUGUAACAUCACUGAACCUUUUGGAAGUAUUGAAUAAAACGGAAACAAAUCCGAAGGACCAAGCUAUUCUAAGGAACCUUCCCUAUAAUGUGCACACGUUUCAUGAGGAUCGACAUAUACAGUUGAAAGCAUUUAAAGGUGACACUGAACAGAUUCAGCGUAUACAAGCUGAUGUGGGAAAACUGACUGAUCACAUCUGGCACACUCUUAAGCUGAAAGACAACAUAACUUCUAUGUCAAAGCUGGUUCAAGGCGGGUCAUACUACUUGGGUGUUAACGAAAAGAAAGUUGUCACAGGGGGAGGUUAUCAAACAAAGGUUGCAGACAUUGUUGGUUUCAAGCUACACUUGAGUCAGGCAUCCUUGAUUGAGAGUAUCUACAGGAAGGUUGACACUGAUCUGUGUGUACUGACAAAGCAUGGAAAGUUUACAGACGCUCCUAGAAACCUGAUAUACAUAGAGUUUCAUCCUACCCAAAGACAACAGUUUGUAAUGGAAGUAGCUAUUCGAUAUUAUGAUGGAGUUGUGUUUUAUGAUAAAGAUGGGCCGAGAUCCUACAUUCUCGAUGUAGACAAAACUGUAAGAAGAAUGCGCAACGUUGAAUGGCUUGACAAGUUCCGUAGCACUCAUGCGUUCUAGCCUGAAUGAACCAUUUCUAUACUAUUGUGUCAUAUUGUGGAAAGGAUAUCAGUGGAUAUCAAAACAUACUGUUUGGUAGUCAUCAGCUGUAGCCCCAUGUCCGACAGCGGUAGUGACACCUCAGUCGGGUCCAGCCCAUACCAGUCUGACCACGAAGUCAUGACAUACGUCAUGGUUGGAGAAGUCACAGAUACAGAUUCAUGGGACACACGUGCAAGACACAGUGAUGACAGUAACACGGUAGGACUUAAAGAGGAGGAUAACAAUACAAGCCUUGACGGACCAGGAUGUUCAACUGACACACUUCAAGGUGCGAACGUUUCCAUCAUAAGUGUUUUGAUAUUAAAUCAUCUCAAUAAGUUCAGAAUGUACUUGUCACUAGA